GCAUAUAGUGUGAUUCAAAAUACGGAAUAGUUAAGAUUACAUUUGAAUGGAACGAACAUUAACGAAAAAAAGCAGCAACCAUAUUCACCCGUUAAGCAAUACGACGAUAGUUCAGUGUAAGCGGCGACAGUGAUAGCAAGAGAACAAUACCGUAUAUAAAGAAAUAAUUACGAGAAGAAGAAAAAAAAAUACAGAUCGAAAUUAUAGACGAACAAGCUUAUAAGCACACACGAAUAAAACAAAAACGGUCAUAUCAUCGUCAUACAUCUUUAAUUUGUGUGUGAAAUCGCAAAAAUAAAAAACCCAUUUCGAGACGUAUCAUUCUGUACUUUCCGUCGCUACGUAUUAAGCAUGAAGCAUCAACAUUGAAAGUGUGUGUGUGUGUGUAUGCUUGAAUGUUUUACACGCUGGAAAUUCGUUAAUCGCUCUUUCUCUCUGUAUUAAAAUUGGAAAAUCGAGCACUCACGCUCGCAGUAAUUGACACAAAAUCAAACCGUACGCAGUCAGAACCGAUAAUGCUGCAUUACGCUGAAAUCAUUACAGUUUUGCUAAUUUGCUAUUUUAGCUGCUGGACCAGUGCACAAAAUCCAUGUAUCACGCCAGAUGGCUUCCAAGGUUACUGUAUCGAUCUACGUGAAUGUGAGCCUCUGUUUAAAUUGCUUAAAAAUCCAAAUCUAUCGAUUCAGCAAAUAACUUAUCUACGCAAUGCACAAUGUGGCUAUCAAAACUUAUUCCCUUGGGUUUGUUGUGCAAAUCAACAACAACAACCAUCAACCAUACAACUACCUCGACCUGGCGUAUGUGGAAGUCAAUUGCAAGAUCGUAUUAUUGGCGGGGAAGAGACGCGAAUAACUGAAUUCCCAUGGAUGGCACUCAUUGAAUACACAAAACCGACUGGCAGAGGAUACCAUUGCGGUGGUGUUUUGAUUAACGAACAAUAUGUUUUAACCGCAUCACAUUGCGUGAAUGGUAAAGAUUUGCAACUUUUAAAAUGGACCCUAUCAGGGGUAAGACUUGGUGAAUGGGAUCAGAGAACAGAAAGAGAUUGUGAUGACGGCAAUUGUUCAGACCCUGUACAAGAUAUUGAAGUGGUGGAACGCAUUCCACAUAAAAACUAUAAUUCAAACUCGAAAGCACAAGAGAAUGAUAUUGCCUUGUUACGUUUGGCACGUCCGGUUUCAUUUACUGAUUGGGUUAAACCAAUCUGUCUUCCAAUAGGCAAUGAUAUCGCCAAUAAAAAUUUUGAUGGAUUACCUUUAAUUGUUGCUGGCUGGGGCAAGACGGAGAACGCAUCUUCAAGCUCGGUUAAGUUGAAGGUUGAAAUUGAUGGUGUUUCUUUAUCUCAAUGCAACAAUGUGUAUCAAGCACAAAAUGUGGUGUUAACAAAUAAACAAUUAUGCGCCGGCGGACAACCAGCCAAAGAUUCAUGUCGCGGAGAUUCCGGCGGACCUCUGAUGUCUCAACAAAAACAUAAUCUGACCCAUGUUUACUAUUUUUUGGCCGGUGUGGUUUCUUUCGGUCCAUCACCAUGUGGACUACCCGGUUGGCCUGGCGUAUAUACACGCGUUGACCAGUAUAUAGACUGGAUAUUACAGAACAUAAGACCAUAAAAAUGUUACAUGAUCGCAUUAUGACGAACGAAUCCAGCGUAAUAAAUAAAAAAAAUUAUCAACUAAUGACAAAUAAUUUUGGAAAAUCUAAUGAAAUAAACAGACACUUUUAUAAUUCGUAUUUUGUAUGAUGUA